AUGAAUCUGCGCCGAAAUUUUCUUUAUCAUCUACACAACAUUUUCUCCACGGACGGCUUAUUACCGGAAUCAGCCGGCCACAGUUCAUCUGGGUCUACUGUGUGUACUACCCCUAACCACUUAGCAACCGGGCCUUCUGGUCAGCUAUCUUCCUCCACCAACUUGCCCGCUUCCGCCUCAGUCGGCAUUGAUGUAAAUGCAUGCUCCGCUCCCAUGGCAACCUGUCCGUCUGGCCUACCGGGUGUCUCCAGUCCGGCUUUGCUGCCACCAAGAGGUACUCAAUGUCUCGUCACCCCGAAUGAUCUCCGACUGGCUCGCCUUCUUUGUCCCAGUUUGGUGCGACCACGACGUCUAGCUCGUCGACCCGGACGUCUGCCAGCUCCAUCCACUUCCGCUGCUGCUGAUGAUAGUCAUCAGGAGCUUGGUUUGCCUGCCAGUUCUAGUCCAUCUGCUUGUCCAGCUGGACACGCGGCUUCUGGCACAGUCGUCACGGUAGCCAGUGUUCGUGCUGCAGGUGAUAUUUAUUUAUUAUUUUCUCCAUAUCACCACUACAUCUCAGCUAACACCUAA